GAUGGAGGAGCUUCGUGUCGAGGUGGCGCGUUAUUUGACAUGACAAACAACUCCGGCUCGAGUCUUUCACCUUUACCACCAUGACUAGUGACCUCUCGUUAUCUUCUUCCUCUGUGCCGUGCCGCCAAAUGGCUUUACCUAUUGCAGAUCUAACCGUUCUCUUCACGCCAUCGGCAGCAUUGGCUAUGGCGUCGACGUUGAUACCGGGACUAAUAUCGGAUUCUCACCAGCUGGUACUAGUCGGCGAUGACCAUGACGUAACUUCGAAUCUAAUACAUGGGAGGGCCGCCAAUGUUGCCUAUGGCUCAUCUCUGGACGGACGAAAACAACGCGUCUUGUUCGUCAUUGGAAACAUAUACCGCCGGCGGAGGGAUAUUUCAGACGGUUAUGGACAGAGUAUCGCUGAGUCUGCUGGAGAAGAAUACGGCGCAUAUAUCCGCUUGUCUUGCAAUGAGAAGGCUGGCGACCAUCUCGCUGCCCGAAUCAAGAUGCUUCUAGGCGAGUGCUACCUGGAUUGGCUGGAUUUAUGUCGCCUAGCAAGCAAAAAGGCAUCUGUAUCGAGGAGGCUGGAUCCUGCUCACUUCCGAAGCCUAACUGAACGGGGGUUGUCGCCGUAGCGCCAGAUCGCCGGCAUUCAAAUAUACAUGUUGCUCUAGGCGCAAAGGCGCCGAAGCUAGGCCGAGCCGGGAACUAGGAAGAGCUACGAUUAGCUCCCUAGUUGUGAAUGUCGACGUUGUCAUGCUC